AUGGCUUCGGUAUUGAAUGAAAAUGUAAUUGGACAUAUUUUACGUAAAAUCCUUAAAGCACUUUCAUAUCUGCAUCAAUAUGCAUUACAUAACAAUUUGAUUACACGAUCAAUUAUUAUUACGGAAAAUUGUGACAUCAAAUUGACGGGUUUUAAAUGGACAGUGUUAAAAAAUGAAGAUAUUAGGAAAACUCUUAGCUUACGAAAUAAUCGUUUCUUUGGACGACCAACACAAUGGGCACCAGAAGAAGCUCUUAAUGAUGUUGACAAUUACGGGCCACAUACCGAACUUUGGCAUAUAGGAUUAUUAAUACCGGAAAUGGUUACCGGUGAAACGUUUCAUUUGACUAAUACGAUGUAUUCGAAAGAUGUGAAACAAUAUGCUGAACAACUUUCAUUAAGUUCAGAAAUUCUACGAUUAUGGCAUCGUCUAAUGCAACCAAAUCAUGAGAAACGGCCAACCGUUGAUGAACUUCUUGAUCGAAAAAUAUCUAAAAUCAUAAAAUCAGCUGAUAAAUCAGAAAUCCGAGAAGUUUUACUUGCUAAUGCAAAAAAUUAUCGAGUAACACCCAAGGAGCUAGCAGACCCGUUACAAAAAUGGACUCAAUUGGUGAAUUAUUCACGUGAACGUGGCGCAAAUGAUAUUACACGUUUAGAAUCCCUAUAUCUUGGUAUGGGGAGGAAUGAAUUCUUCUCCUCAGUUAAUUACAAAAAUGAAAUUGAUGAUGAGAAUCCGAUGUAUAAGAUUGAUUUCCGGAAAGUACCGAAUGAUUUGUUACAAUGUGUUUGUAUUAGAAUACUCAAAAAUCAUCAAGAGAAAGCCGGAUUAGCCCUUACCGUACACUUAGAUAUAUGUACCACUGAUAUGUGUACUGUUGUUUGUCGAAAUGUUUAUAAAUUUGUGCAAGGUGAAAUAAUAGGGUUCAUUAAUUAUGUUCGAAUUAGUCUGGAAAUAAUUGAUGUCUUGAAACAACGUGAAAAAACACGCUCAAAGCAUACAAGUUGGGAAAUUUUUCUGGAAGAAGAUGAAAUCAAUAAGAUGGAAACUGUUGCGCAAGUUCAAGUAAUAUUUGACGGCUUAACUGCUCGGGAUAUUUUGGAAAAUGCAGAAAAAGGAAAUUUCAAAUUUAGAGAUUUUAAUAUGAUCGAUUCACCGAUACUUGAAACAUUUGCGCAACAUGCGGAAUGUAUCAAAUAA